CGGGGCAGGGCGGGGGCGCUGCCAGGCGUCCGGAGCGGCGGUUCCAGGAUCCCUGGGUAGCUAGCGCGCGGGCGCGGGGCUGGAGCCGGCGCCCGGCACGGCAUCGGGGGCUUGGACGGCGCGGCCCCGCAGCAGGCCUGCCAUGGAGCCGGGCAGCGUGGAGAACCUGUCCAUCGUGUACCGCAGCCGCGAUUUCCUGGUGGUGAACAAGCACUGGGACCUUCGCAUUGACAGCAAGACGUGGCGGGAGACCCUGACCCUGCAGAAGCAGCUGCGGCACCGCUUCCCGGAGCUGGCCGACCCUGGCACCUGCUAUGGAUUCAGGUUCUGCCACCAGCUGGACUUCUCCACCAGCGGGGCGCUGUGUGUCGCCCUGAACAAGGCAGCCGCCGGCAGCGCAUACAGGUGCUUCAAGGAGCGGCGGGUGACCAAGGCUUACCUGGCACUGCUUCGGGGGCACAUCCAAGAGAGCCGGGUGACCAUCAGCCAUGCCAUCGGCAGGAACAGCACAGAAGGCCGGGCCCACACCAUGUGCAUUGAGGGCACGCAGGGUUGUGAGAACCCAAAGCCAAGCCUGACGGAGCUGGUGGUUCUGGAGCACGGGCUGUACGCAGGCGAUCCCGUCUCCAAAGUACUGCUGAAGCCACUCACAGGUCGGACGCACCAGCUGCGUGUACACUGCAGCGCUCUGGGACACCCUGUGGUGGGAGACCUGACCUAUGGGGAGCCCUCGGGCCGGGAGGACCGGCCGUUCCGAAUGAUGCUGCACGCCUUCUACCUUCGCAUUCCCACGGAUGGCGAGUGUGUGGAGGCCUGCACGCCCGACCCCUUCCUGCCCUCCCUGGACCCCUGCUGGAGCCCCGACACCCUGCUGCAGCCGCUGGACCAGCUGGUGCAGGCCUUACGGGCCACCCCUGACCCUGACCCCGAGGAUGGGGCCCCUGGACCCGGCCGGCCCCCGCCACCCCCCACCAAGCCCCCUGAGACCGAAACACAGCGAGCCUCCUGCCUGCAGUGGCUGUCGGAGUGGACGUUGGAGCCAGACAGCUGAGAGCUGUGGGGCCGGGGCGGGGAUGGGGGUUGGGCCAGCAAGCAUAUGGUCACCGGCUCUGGGGCCUGGAGGUGCCAGGGAACUCGGGGCCAGCUGAGCUGCCCCAGCCAGGACUGCGGGGAAGGACUGAGGAGGGGCCAGCAGGGGGCGCCAGGCAUCCCUGGUCGCCGGCAAAGAGGGCACUGAGACUGCGGGGCUGAUGGGGAAUCCGAGGGCCUCCCUCCCCACGUGCCCCAGGAGAAACCCCAAGGCUGCUGCCACCUCCUGGAACAGCUUCCAGCUCCCAAGCUUCACCCCCGGGGUAUCUGUUUUAUCGACUCAAGGUCACUCCCAUAAGAGGAAGUGCCUGGUUUAGGGCUAGCCUUUGCCUCCAGUUGGGCCCCUCCUGGGCCCAGUCAGCUGCUGGCCCCAACCUACCCACUGGAGGGGCUGGGAAGGGCCUUUCUGGUCUCACCUGGCCUGGGAGACCCUGCGUCCUGAAGGUCCCUGCGUCCUGAAGGCACUGCCCCUCACCGCUCUGUGCAGAACCUCUCACCCUCAGCCGCCGCCUCCUGAAACCCAACGCUCCCCGCUGGGCCGGGGUCUGCAGGCCCGGCUGCAUGUGCCUUGGCCUCACUGUACCCGUGGCUCCCCCUCCUCCGCCCGGAUUCUGAGCUUAGGGUGGUGUUUGCUGCACAGGUGUUGGUCGGGGGGCCAUGGCCGAGGCCCUGCGGCACACGCCUGUCCUUACAUCCACCAUGAGCACUGCCCCUGCUGCAGGGUCUCCCAGGCCCCAGCUGCUGUCCCUGCCACGUCAACGCCUGCCUGGCUCCCACUCUGCCUCCGUGGGCCUGCCAGGUCCCACCUUUUCUGUACCCCAUGCUCAGCCCCAGUUCCUGGCUGCAGUGGGGUUCUAGGAACUCCAAAUAAAUGCUCAGUGACUGGC